AUGCUAACACCAGUUGUUAGUGAUGCAAAUCGAUCAGACGAAGAUUCAGAUGUGCAAUGUUCAAAAUCGCAAAUAGAUUAUCAACGUAUCGUUGAUCUUACAAGAACUUUAGGUGUACAUGCAGAUCUCAAUUAUUUAUUAGAUGAUAAUGAUUGUGAAAGUGAAACCGAAUCUGAUAGUCAAGAAAAACAACCUACAGAAGCCACUGAUGAUAGUAACGGUCUUAAUCAAUUACAGAAAUAUCCAGUUGAGAAAACCAUUGAUACAUCUCUUCGUUCUCAAACCUCACAAGAACGUGAUUGUGAUAUUCACUCAAGUGUACCGGAAACUAUAUCAUCAGAAAACAGUUUUUCGGGUAUUAUACCAGAUAUAGAUACUGACUAUGAAUCAAAACGGACUGAUAUCUAUGGAGAAAGUUUCUGUGUACCUUGUACAGUUAAAAUAGAUGAAGAAGAUGAAAUCUUAUUGAUCAAACAAAAAUCAACGACAUGCGUGAUAGAAUAUGCUGAACCAAAGAAAAAUAAAAAUGACAUUGGACAUAUUAUGGUUAGUUAUAAUCAUUCAACAAAACCUUUAUGUUCAAAAAUUGCUAGAGAAUUAAAAAAUUUAAAUUAUUCUGUUUGGAUUGAUCAAGAUGAUAUAUCUGGUGAUAUUCUAACAUCUAUGGCUUCUGCUGUUGAAAAUGCAUACGUUGUUUUAAUGGCAGUUAAUGAAAACUAUUAUAACAGUCGAUAUUGUCGAUUAGAAGCUGAAUAUUCUGUUGAACGUAAUAAAGCAUCUAUUCCGAUGUUAAUGCAAGCAGGUUACAAAGCAGCUGGUUGGCUUGGAAUUAUUAAUGGAUCAAAAUUUCAAAUUGAUUUCAGUCAACUUCCAUUCGAGGAAGCAUUCAAUUUACUUAGACGUGAAAUAGAAGCUGUUCGAAUUUCUCUAGGAGCUGAUGAAUAUGAUCGAACACGUUCGAUGCAUACUUCUAAUUGUCAUUCUAUGACAACGAUGAGUAGUUGUUGGACUCCUAUUGUAAACGUUAACGAAUGGAAUGCCGAUGAUGUGAUUGAAUGGUUAAAUCGACAAAAACUUGAAAUAUUUCAAAAUGCUUUAUCACGUUUUACUGGAUCAACACUUUGGCAAUUGUAUAAAAUAAAAUUUGAUUCUGCAACAGAUUACUAUCGAACAGUUGAAUCAUUACUUCCAUCGACAGCACCUGAUAGACUGUUUAAUAAUUUAACAUUUAAUGCGGCACUUGAGUCACUUUUUUCGUCAUCACCUCAAUCAAUACAUCGACACUAG